UUAUUUUCCGCGUCGUUUCUGUGCCGCUAAUUGGUUUCCCCAACGAGGAAAGAGGGACCUCCACAAAGGGGCUAAAAAAGAAGAAUCUGAUUGAACGUCGGAGUAUUCAGCGAGCUCCUGGUUGGAAAGAAGAGAAGUUGUCGUGUCGAUAAGACACCAAUUACGUUUAGCAGUGGGUUCAAGACCAGCAAUACUAGAAAAACUGUGUACAUGAUCAGGAAAGCAGACUGCACUAUUGUGAAACAAAAAUAAUCCCAUCAUGCGGGAGUACAAGCUCGUGGUCCUUGGUUCAGGAGGUGUUGGAAAGUCUGCUUUGACAGUACAGUUUGUUCAAGGAAUUUUUGUGGAAAAGUAUGACCCAACAAUAGAAGAUUCAUACAGAAAGCAAGUGGAAGUGGAAGGACAACAAUGUAUGCUUGAAAUUCUUGAUACCGCUGGAACAGAACAAUUUACAGCGAUGAGAGAUUUAUACAUGAAGAAUGGACAGGGUUUUGCACUAGUGUAUUCAAUCACAGCACAGUCCACAUUUAAUGACUUGCAAGAUUUGAGGGAACAGAUACUGCGAGUUAAAGACACAGAAGAUGUUCCGAUGAUUCUUGUAGGCAAUAAAUGUGAUUUGGAAGAUGAAAGGGUAGUUGGCAAGGAGCAGGGACAAAAUCUAGCGAGACAGUGGAAUAACUGUGCCUUUUUAGAAUCUUCAGCCAAGUCUAAGAUCAAUGUAAAUGAGAUUUUUUAUGACUUGGUAAGGCAAAUAAAUAGGAAAACGCCAGUGGAAAAGAAGAAACCAGGGAAGAAACCAAAAUGUCUGCUACUUUAGGUCCUCUUCAAGCAGCAGCUCUGAGCCAGGUUAUAGGAAUGAAGAUCUGUUGCCUAAUUGGAAAAUGCCAGCAUUCCAAAAAUAACAAAUUCCCACCAUAAAUGAACAUAUCUGAAGAGGCUUCUCUUGUAUUAUGUAUGAUGUGAAGAACUUAUAUCUAUUAUACUGUUUGCACAAGGUUCCAUGAAAAUGAAUUUUGCCCUAAAACCAAGACAUAUUGUGUCAAUGCUUCCUGUAAUGGUUAUUACACACGUGCGACUCAAUGACUUGACUCCUAAAUAAUUACACUCAAGAGCAUGAAUGCAUUUUAAAUGUUAUAGUGCAAGACUAAUUAUUAAAAUCAAAUUCAGAUUGACUUUCCUCCCAAAUACUUUUCCUAAAAUGCCUCAAGCACUAAAACAACCAUUUAUAUUUUUCUUUAUAAAUAUAUAUAGAGAGAGAAAGAUGUAUAUCCCCUUUAAUGAACUCAAUGGGGCUAUUACCUUUUUGAGUCACGGUGACUUAAUUUUAUAUUUAAAACGUCUGGGUUUAUCAUUACCGUCAUCUUGCCAUUAAAAUUUAAUUAAGAAAACAUUUUUGUGCAUAAUGCUUUGGGGGGUGGGGGGUAGUCUUUUAUAGGAUAACAUAUUUCUAUGGAUUUCAGAGCUGAAAUAUAUAAUAUACUAAAACAACUCUAAUAUUGCUUCUUGUGUUUUAUUGUAACAAAUUAAAUUACAGCUUUUAUGAAAUAUUAAA